CUAAUGCUUAAUCACUAAUUGUAAUUAUUUGAGGUGUUUUAUGGAUAAUAUGGUUGCGAAAACCGGGUUAAGUUUGGAUUUGCAUGUUUGGUGAUUCUGAUGUCACUGCCAUUGGGCGUUUCUUUAUUGAAUUGUGUUUAGAACUUCAUUUUGAAAUAGAAAUUUCAAUUUGGAGUCAUUAGAAACAGAAAAAGGGCGAUUAAAUAGUAGUUUCGAAUAUAUUGUAUAUAGUGGAGAAUCCGCAUUUCAUGAAUUCUGCGAAUAUGAUAUGAAAGUGAGCCGGAGAAAUCUGGCUAGUUAUUCAUAUUAGCAUGUGCCCUUGAUCAGUCGUGUUUUUCUGGGGUGUCAAACAGGUAUUGUCAGUUCGGUCUGGUCCAUAGGAUACGACUGAUUAAGCAGUUAAUAGUCAAAAUCCUUAUUGUAGCACCUGCACCACCCAUCUUAUACCAUCUACGAUCGUUUGCUAUAUAGAUCAUCCCUGUAGAAGCUCCACGUCAGGGUUCCUUGUAUUACUGCAACGUUUCUUGUGCCCUUGAUGUGUAAAGUUUGUAACUUUUUCCUUUGGCCUCAGAUUUGUUUGAAGUUGUUGAUCCAAGGGCAAAGCUGGUUGUCCAUGAAUUGGAUGAACGGUCGCCUUCCAAGUCAACAGGAUGCAGUUCAGAGCCUUUGCACAAGAGCACUGUUGAAGAAUUAACAGAUAAGCACUCGAGAGCCUUAGAACUUCAUUCUGCUUCCGAAGCCCGCAUUGUGGAAGCUGAGACGAAGUUGCAAGAAGCCAUUGAAACAUUCAGCCAGAGAGAUUUGGAAGCUAAUGGAUUUUCUGGAAAGCACCAAACUUUUUUGUAAUCAUAUUGCGGCUAAAUAUUGUUGCCUUAUGGUUAUUAGCUACAUCUAUUUGCCACAGAUGCCUUUCUGCUGGCCUAUUGGAGCCGACUUACUGCAAGAGAUAUCCAAACUUGCAAAAAAGCUCGAGGAACAAAGAGCACGAGAAGAUGCUUUAAAAUCUGAGGUUGAAAAGCUCAAGGCUGAGGCUGCUGAGAAACCUUUAUUGCAGAAAUCUCUCAAGGAACUGCAAACCAAAUCAGCUAACUGUGAAGCAGAGAGAAGAAAACUAGCUGAGGCAAAUAUAAAGCUUAAAGAAGAUGUGUAUACAUACAAGUCCAAACUAAGUGACCUUGAAGCAAAAUAUUCCACUGCCGUUGCUGAGAAGGACAGAUCAGUUGAACAACUUCAGGCUGCAAAAUGGACUAUUGAAGAUUUAACGCAGCAGCAUUCUUCUGAAGGGCAGAAACUACAAUCUCAGAUAUCUUCGCUUAUGGAUGAGAUCCGCCUGCUUGAUGAAGUGCAUCAAAAUACUAAGAAGGAACUCCAACAAGUGAUAUCCAACCUUGAAGAACAGCUCAAGGAACAAAAAGCAGGAGAAGUUGCUUUAAAAUCUGAGGUUGAAAAUCUCAAGUCUGAGGCUGCUGAGAAACCUUUAUUGCAGAAUUCUCUCAAGGAACUGCAAACCAAGUCAGCUCACUUUGAAGAAGAGAGCAGAAAACUAGCUGAGGCAAAUAUAAAGCUUAAAGAAGAUGUGUCUACAUACGAGUCCAAACUAAGUGACCUUGAAGCAAAAUAUUCCACUGCCGUUGCUGAGAAGGACAGAUCAGUUGAACAACUUCAGGCUGCAAAAAGGACUAUUGAAGAUUUAACGCAGCAGCAUUCUUCUAAAUGGCAGAAACUACAAUCUCAGAUAUUUUCGCUUAUGGGUGAGAACCGCCUGCUUGAUGAAGUGCAUCAAAAUACUAAGAAGGAACUCCAGCAAGUGAUAUCCAACCUUGAAGAACAGCUCAAGGAACAAAAAGCAGGAGAAGUUGCUUUAAAAUCUGAGGUUGAAAAUCUCAAGUCUGAGGUUGCUGAGAAACCUUUGUUGCAGAAUUCUCUCAAGGAACUGCAAACCAAGUCAGCUCACUUUGAAGAAGAGAGCAGAAAACUAGCUGAGGCAAAUAUAAAGCUUAAAGAAGAUGCGUCUACAUACGAGUCCAAACUAAGUGACCUUGAAGCAAAAUAUUCCACUGCCGUUGCUGAGAAGGACGGAUCAGUUGAACAACUUCAGGCUGCAAAAAGGACUAUUGAAGAUUUAACGCAGCAGCAUUCUUCUGAAGGGCAGAAACUACAAUCUCAGAUAUCUUCGCUUAUGGAUGAGAACCGCCUGCUUGAUGAAGUGCAUCAAAAUACUAAGAAUGAACUCCAGCAAGUGAUAUCCAACCUUGAAGAACAGCUCAAGGAACAAAAAGCAGGAGAAGUUGCUUUAAAAUCUGAGGUUGAAAAUCUCAAGGCUGAGGCUGCCGAGAAACCUUUAUUGCAGAAUUCUCUCAAGGAACUGCAAACCAAGUCAGCUCACAUUGAAGAAGAGAGCAGAAAACUAGCUGAGGCAAAUAUAAAGCUUAAAGAAGAUGUGUCUACAUACGAGUCCAAACUAAGUGACCUUGAAGCAAAAUAUUCCAUUGCCGUUGCUGAGAAGGACGGAUCAGUUGAACAACUUCAGGCUGCAAAAAGGACUAUUGAAGAUUUAACGCAGCAGCAUUCUUCUGAAGGGCAGAAACUACAAUCUCAGAUAUCUUCGCUUAUGGACGAGAAAAGCCUGCUUAAUGAAGUGCACCAAAAUACUAAGAAGGAACUCCAGCAAGUGAUAUCCAACCUUGAAGAACAGCUCAAGGAACAAAAAGCAGGAGAAGCUACUUUAAAAUCUGAGGUUGAAAAUCUCAAGGCUGAGGUUGCUGAGAAACCUUUGUUGCAGAAUUCUCUCAAGGAACUCCAAGAGAAAUUGGUGAAAACUGAAGCUCAACUGCAAAAAGAGGUUGAAAGCAUUAAGGCGGCUGCAGCGAAAAGAGAGGCAGAGGCUUCCCCAAUGCCGAGCUUUAAGUUCAUCGUGGGAGUGGGAGUGGGAGUGGCUGUGGUGUCUGCGAUCAUCGGCCUCAUUCUUGGGAGACGAUACUAGAUCAAGUUUUUGUGUUUUUGCUAUUCCCUUGGCUGUUUGCAAAGCAAAACACAGAUGGUUAUGUAUUAUUCAAGUUCGUAUUUAGUUUGUAUAUUGGGUUGCUGAUGCUUUCGGAAAUAUAAGAAUUUGUGCGUUUGUUGAUAUGAAAAGAAGAGGACGGUCUCAGUUGUUUGUGAGUCAUACGGUCGGAUCCCUAAAUGAAAUUACUUCAGGG